AUGUCUGCGCCGCCACCACCACAGCAGGGCGGCAUGCCCAUGCCCAUGCCAGGCCCGGGCCAGCAGCCCACGCCCGAGCAGAUUGCGGAACUGCAGCGCCGAAUCACAGAGGACGCGGCAAAGGCCGGCAUGACGGUCCCCGAAUUCAUCGAGCACAUCAAGAGACAGCGUAUGCAGGCCAUGCAGCAGGCCCAGCAGCAGCACCAGCACCAGCACGGCGACGGCAACGACCACGGCCACUCGCACGAUCACGAUCAGGACGGCCACGGCCACGCGCACCCUCACCAGCAGCAGCAGGGCCAACCCCAGCCCAUCACACCGGGACCUCCCAACCCCAAGGCCAUUGCGCUCGCCAAGUUUCUGCGCGGCCAGGACAUGAAGCCUCGCACAGUCAUUCUCAACGGCGAGCGCAAAGACAUGUUCCGAGUCAAGCGUGCGCUGCGAACUCUCCAGUCCCCCGCCUACGAAAAGGCCCGCAAGAAGAACCCCCUCUUGCCCGAAAUCACCGACCGCGCAUCCCUCGAAAACACCUUCAAGCUGCUGCCCCUCAGCAUGCUCGCUCUGCGAGUCUCCCAGAUCGAGCCCGCCCUGGGCCCCAACGGCAAGAAGCCCAAGCGCGUCAAGGGCCAGUGGAACGUGCGCAUCGAGCAGCAGCAGGAGGCCCAGGACGAAAUGUACUACGUGUGGCUGUGGGAGGGCAGCCAGGUCAAGCGCCAGGUCUAUGCCGCCCUCGCCCUCGUCGCCAUCUUCGCCAUUGUCCUGUACCCUCUCUGGCCGCUCAAGCUCCGCCAGGGCGUCUACUACCUCAGCUGGGGCAUGCUCGGUCUCCUCGGUCUCUUCUUCGCCAUGGCCAUUUUCCGCGUCAUCCUCUUCUGCAUCACAUACUUUGCCGUUCCGCCCGGUCUGUGGCUGUACCCCAACCUCUGGGAGGACGUGUCAUUCAUGGACAGUUUCCGACCCGUCUGGGCCUGGCAUGAGACUGAGAAGCCCAAGAAGAAGAAGAAGCGCACGCAGGCUGGCGCGGCCAACUCGACCAUGGCGGCCGCUACUGGACAAGUCGCACCCACGAGCGCCACCACGACCGGCACCGAUACCCAGAUCAACACGGGAGCUCAGCAGCGCUACGUGGCCCCCAAGGUGGAGGAGCUGCAGGACGACGAGUAA